GCUAUGCAAAUAUAGUGUUUUAAGCGUGUGUGUGUAAAACCUUGGAAUAUUAACAGCCGGUGUUGACGUGUAAACGUCAUUUGGACAGUUUGGGCCCAGCGUGCUCGUUCUCGGUGAAGCAUACGCUCGUGUACGUGUGUGAGGUUGCGCGUUCGUGCGUGUUUAUGUACGUGAUGGAGAGAUUCAGGUAAACGGAGAGGAAGAGCCGCAGCUAUUCACUGCUGUGUUGUAGGCGAGUCCCAGUCGUGUCCCGGGUCACAACUGUUCCAGUCUGAAUUGAGUUUUCGUCCAGGUAGAGCCAGUUCUCGGUCUCACAGCAUCAUGAGUGAGCUGAAGGACUGUCCCCCGCUCAAAUACUAUGACUUCAAGCCCGUCGAACAUGUCAAAGUGUGCCCGCGCUACACUGCUGUGCUGGGCCGCUCAGAGGACGAUGGCAUCGGCAUCGAGGAGCUGGACACGCUGCAGCUGGAGCUGGAGACACUGCUGUCCUCGGCCAGCCGCCGUCUCCGAGCCCUAGAGGAGCAGAGACAGAUUCUUACAGACUGGCAGGACAAGAAGGGAGAUAAGCGCUUUCUGAAGAUGGGGAAAGACCCGGACCCUGCUGCCACAUCUCGCCACAAACCAAAGAAACCGAAGUUGGAUGGUAAAGGCAGUCAUGGACCAAGUCCAGGCCCUGGCAGACCCAAAUCCAAAAACCUGCAGGCUAAAGUCCAAGAAUAUGAGUUUACAGACGACCCACAAGACAUUCCCCGCACUCCUAAAAAUGAUGCUCCAAACAGAUUCUGGGCAUCAGUGGAGCCAUAUUGUGCAGAUAUAACAAAUGAAGAAGUACGAUUGCUAGAGGAGCUUCUGAAACCCCCGGAUGAUGAAGCUGAGUAUUUCAAAAUUCCAGCACUGGGUAAACAUUACUCUCAGCGAUGGGCUCAAGAGGAUCUUUUAGAGGAGCAGAGAGAAGGAGCACGAGCCAAUGACAAGAAGAAGAGCCUCAUGGGAGGCCCGCUCUCUGAGCUGGAUGCUAAAGAUGUGGACUCACUGCUGAAAAAGUCUGAGUCCCAGAAUGAAUCCCCAGAGGACGGCUGUCCCUUUGGUCCUCUCACACAACGUCUGCUCCAGGCUCUUGUAGAGGAGAACAUUAUUUCUCCCAUGGAGGAUUCUCCUAUACCAGACAUUGCAGGCAGGGAUGCUAACGAUGGUGCUGGAACGUCUCCUCGAAGCCAAGGAAAAGCCUUUAGUGUUCCUCACACACGUUCUCUGGAGGCACGGAUCAAAGAGGAGCUGGUUGCCCAGGGUCUGCUAGAUUCUGAGGAGAGACCAGGACCAGGAGGAGACUCUGAGGACGAGGUCCUGGCAGAAUUACAGAAGCGACAAGCUGAACUCAAAGCCUUGAGUGCUCACAACAGAGCUCGCAAACAGGAGCUGCUCAGGUUGGCAAAAGAGGAGAUGCGUAAGCAGGAGCUGCGGCAGAGAGUCCGAGUGUCCGACAACGAGGUGAUGGAGGGAUUUCGCCGACUCAUGGCCGCCAGGCAAAAGAAGCGCACUCCAACCAAAAAGGAGAAGGACCAGGCAUGGAAAGCUUUGAAGGAGAGGGAAAGCAUCCUGAAGCUACUGGAUGGCUAGAGGGAGCAACAGUUUGUCUGUUUUUUAAAGAUGUUGAAAAUAGAAAAAAUGUUUUCCAGACACAGACUAUGACAGAUUUGACAUGGUCAGUGAACAGCUGCAGACAGUUAACUGCAAGGGGACAUAAUUUGAGUAGAAUUGUCUCUGCAGUGUUUUGUUUUUUGUCACGUAAAAACUAAAAGCUAGUGAUCAGUGGUUAGUUACUUUUAAAGGAAUAGUUCUGGGUUUUUUUUAAGUGCUGUAUGAGGUAUUAACCCAUUAAGACUUAAGUCUGCUGCCAUUUCAGUGAAAACAUGACUGCCAGCAGGGACACAGUGAAAAAUAAAUUUAAGCCACUUAACAAAGGGUUCAAUUGCAAUUCACUCUUGCUUAAGUCUAUGAUAUCUUAAGACUAGGUUUCCUGUGUUUUCUCUGAGCUAGGCAAGCGUUUUCUGACUGGAAACUGAAGUUUGUGUCACUUUGUAAACUGCUAACUCUUCCACACCAAAGUCUAUGGAGAAUAUCAACAAUUCAACAUCAGUCCACAUGUCCUCCAUCAGUCAUUUUUAAUGUGUUAUCUUGUGACUUAGGUGUUUGUUCAUACUUACUUACAGUGACACAAACUUAAUGAAUGGGCAGAAAGUGGACCAGCUGCUGCUGUGUCUUUUUAAACACAGAUUUUCUCAAUAGUGUGUAGUGUGCGGUAGUGAACAGUUUACAAACUUAUAUUUCCAGUCAGGAAAGACCGUCUAACAAUAAAAUAAAGCAGCAAACACUGAGUUAUCAAUUAACUCGGAUGUAUGCAAGCAUUUGUUAAGUGGCUAAAUUUGUUUUUUAUUCUGUACCUGCUGGCAGCCAUGUUUUCAGAGACAAUGACACGGUCAGUGAAGUCAGUGUUGUUAAUGUGAAAACACUUCCCCAACCACACUUUACAAAACUCAAACUAUCCCUUUAAGUUAAUGAGCACUUGACUUUAUUUUCAUUUUUGUUAAAAUGUUUUUCUUUGUCAGUGGAAUUUUUCAUGUUGCUUUUUAUUUGUAUUUUGUCUAUUGUAAUGGUAUGAAAACAAAACACAAAUGGUUGAAUAAAUCACUACCACUUA